AUGAUUGUGGGGGAGGGAACAUGGAAACAUCUUUGGGCCAUUAAGACGGUUCUAAAGGCGUUUGAAAUAGUAUCGGGUCUUGGAAUCAAUUACCAUAAAAGUAAGUUGAUUGGCAUCAAUGUUAGGAGAUCUUUUUUGGAUGCCGCGUCCUAUUUUCUCUCAUGCAAAGUGGAGGAUAAUAAAUUCUCUUUUCUUGGUAUUUUGAUUGGGUGCAAUCCUAGGAAGGCUUCGACUUGGCUUCCUUUUUUGAGUAAGGUGAAGAAGCAGUUAAUGGGGUGGAAGAAUCGUUUUCUAAAUUUGGGAGGGCGAAUCACUCUUUUGAAAGCGAUUCUUACGCCGCUUUCCAUCUUUACCAUGUCUUUCUACAAAAUGCCGUUGAAAGUGGUGAGAGAUUUCAAUUUGAUCCAAAGUAAUUUCUUGUGGGGUGGAGUGGAAGAGAAAAGGAAGAUACAUUGGAUUAGUUGGAAAAGGCUGAUGUUACCGUUCAACAAAGGGGGUUUAGGAAUAAAAAAUAUUUCGGCUUUCAAUUUAGCACUCCUUUGCAAGUGGAGGUGGAGGAUUCUUAAAGGUCACGAAUCGCUUUGGUUUAAUGUCUUGAAAGCAAGGUACGAAGAUUUAUAUUCCUUUAUCUUAUAUGGUGGUGGUGGUAACAAAAUCCCUUCUUCUUCUUCUUUUUCUUCUUGGUGGAGGGAUUUAGUGAAGAUCGGUUCUUGCUCGUUUAGAGAUCCUAUUAAGGAGUGUUGUUCUUUUGAUGUUCAUAAUGGUUUCAAUACUCCUUUUUUGGGAAGCAAGGUGGUUGGACGGUGUUAUUUUGAAGGAUUUGUUUCCGGAUUUGUAUCUGGUCUCUAG